UCAGCGAUUCCCGAGACUACAACAGAAGAGGUCGUAUCCUGGUCGCUGGAUUGAAUUGCGUGCGUUAUUCGCUCUUGCGAUAGUUGUGUGCGGGUGCACCAUCGUCGUUAUCGGUUAUGGUGUAAAGUGCCCGGUGCUUUGAAUAACAUUAAACGAUUAUCGUUCCUAUUGAUGAGUUGCGACCUGUUGAAAUUGGGUUUCAUCGUUUGAGCGGAAAGUCUACCGGAAGUAUGAUAAUAGGUGAAUUGUAUCUUUUGAAACGUGCGGCAGGGAAAUGCUGUUGAUGUGAAGUGAUUAAAGUGUUGAAUCCCCCCUAAAUCAUAAUGUCAACCGCCUUCAUGGUCGACAGUAUACUGAAGGAGAAAGACCUGGAGCGGUGUCCGAUCCGGCAUCACCACACCUCGAGUAGAAUCAGCGCCGGCGGGGACUCUUCGGUGGCGUCCGUGUCCGGGUCGGAUAGUGAGUUCGAAGAACAUGCCUCCGACAUGAAGGAUUCUAACAGUUUGUGCGAUUCGCCGAAGAGCUUCAACAGUUGUCACAAUGUGAACAAUUCGUCCUUUUCGGACGAUGAGAUGGGUCCAGCAUCGGUCAUCCGGUCCUACAACAAUGGGGUAAACGAUGAAAACAAUGCCAUGCUGAUGGGUUAUUGCUGCGGCAAGUGCGGUCACUAUCAGUCGGAGGCGAAUCCUUUGGAACAGCAGCGACGAACGAGGGCCGGCAGUGGGGUUCUCGGUGGGGACGUUGGUGACGUGGCGAACGAGAGGAACUUCUCCUCCGGUGAGGGUGAAUAUGAGUUUCGGUGUGAAAAGUGUGGUUUUAGUGAAUUUAUUGCUUCGAAACAAACGAUACUGAAGGAGGUGACGAAGCCGGUGCUGAAGUUUAGUGUGUCAGCGAUAUUGGGAGAUAAAAAAGAGUGCGUGAAAGUGAGAAAUGAGUUUAUCCAACCUCAACAUCUUUGGCCUUAUAUUCAACAAAAUCUAAUUCAACAAAACCACCUAGCGAAUACAACUUUUCUCACAAAUCACCAUCCUCCCCAUCAUCACCAUCACCAUCAGCAACACCCCCAGCAGUCUCAAUCCCCCCACCAACAACAGCCCCAUCACCUAGUGCAAAUAAAUGGAUCCUGCCAAACCACAGGAGCCAGCAACAACAACAACAACAACAGCAACAGCAAUGGUAGUAAUUGCAAUGGCAAUAAUAGCUGUAGUAACAACACGAGCGAGGCUGGCAGUUUGCCAAACAGCCCGGACUUGCAAGACGACGGCACUCGUCUUCAGCAGCAGCAGCAGCAACAACAGCAGCCUCGAGAUAAUAAAAUCAUUGCAAAACCACUCCCAAGCCGGCCGAUGCCUUUCCUGCAGCAUGGACUUAAUCACCCGCAUCUGCACUCCCUACUGGCCCACUGUCGGAAUCCUUAUCUACCGGGCGGUCCCCAAGUGUUUCCUCUGCCGCCGGGGCAGGGCUUCCCAUGGGCGCACUCGACGCGAGGGAAACCCCGACGGGGGAUGAUGCGGCGAGCCGUUUUCUCAGACUCCCAGCGGAAAGGACUGGAAAAGCGAUUCCAGCUACAGAAGUACAUUAGCAAACCGGACAGGAAAAAGUUGGCCGAACGGCUGGGACUCAAGGACUCUCAGGUUAAAAUAUGGUUUCAAAACCGUCGCAUGAAGUGGCGCAACUCGAAGGAACGCGAGCUCCUUGCCAGCGGAGGAUCUCGCGACCAGACUCUUCCCAACAAAAACAAUCCCAACCCGGACUUGUCGGACGCGCGCACCGAUCGCCAGCAGUCGCUUUCGCCACCCCCAUCACCAACGCCACCACCCACCAUAUCAGACCAACAGAUGCAGCACCCGCAGCAGGCGCAUUCUCCCCAGCAGCAGUCCUCACCGUCCCCUCAAUCGUCCAAACCUCCCCUGCUGGUGGGAACAGGAAUCCCGAAAACAUCCGCUCUGAUCAACUUCAAACCGAAAUUCGAACUUUCCAAAGCGCCAAUCGUGGGAGGCGUCGAGUUCAAGUACGAGUUCGAUGACAUCAGCGGUAACCCGGUCAACGUUCAUCAGCAACCCCAACAGCAACAACCGCGGCCCUCUUUGAUGAACAGUUUCUAUGCUAAUUCGGAUCGUGACCGAGAGCUCCUGUUGGCAGCCGGUGCCGCAAGUGGAGCUGUUUUCAACGCCCGCUCCAACAGCUGCUCAUCCUCCGACAAUAUGUCGUCCGGGAUGUACUAUGAUGAGUACGAGUCCAACUCGGAUGACUCGGACGAGGAGAUCAAUGUCACGUGACCUGACAGCGAGCUGGAAUCGGAAUAAAUAUAGGGCGAAUAAAGUUGUCCCAUUCAAUCGAUAAUGUGUGUACAGAUCUCUUUGCCUGUUUAGCAAAAAAAAAAAAAAAAUAGAAUCGUUUUCAAUCAUUCCUUAAUUUUAAACAAAAAUAAACUUGUUAGCUAUAAGGCACCUUAGCAUGUUAAGUCAAAAGAUGUAAAUUUGUACAAGCAUCUCAAAACGGUUUUAAAGCAACCCUAAAAAAUAGCGCAUAGCCAAAGAAAUUUGAGGCAGUUCCUUGACACUGUACAUAAACGCUGUAGCUACCCUUUGAAGGUUUUAGACAAGUUCUUAUCGUCUGUAUAGAAGCGUAUUCGAAGCCGAUGUAACAAAUAUCGCUUCAUCCUCGACUAUUUACUGUAUAAAGUUUUAAGUACGAUCAUCAGUGUAACUAUAUCGCAUAAUAACUUAUUGAACAAAUAAAUAACAACUAAACCAUAUUUAAUGGAACUGAUCUAUGAAAAAUGCAAAGUACCCAAAGUUUAGAACUUUAUUCGAUUGUAGGUAUGGAAGCCAAAUAAAUGUAAUUCCGAAAAUGAUUAA